UUUCUUAAGCACCUUUUAUUCCUGUAGUGUAGUUUACUAAAUUUUGCAAAGGAACUCAAAUGCAGCCAUACUAAGAAUGGAGUCCCAGCCCCUGCUGAGAGGGUCUAGCACGCACAGCAAGUUCCCCAGCUGGACCUUGGUUUUGGCUGUUUGUGCUGUUGGAAUUGGAGGGACUUUUCAGUAUGGGUAUAAUGUUUCCAUUAUCAAUGCACCCACCCAGCAUAUACAUAGGUUCUUAAAUGAAACCUGGAGUAGUCGUUAUCACAAGGAGCUAAAUCCAGAUCUGCUGACUUUCCUUUGGUCUGUCAUUGCUUCUAUAUUUUCACUCGGAGGCCUGUGUGGAGCCCUUAUCGGAGGCAGCAUGGCGAUUCAGCUAGGCAGGAAAGGAGCUCUUUUGCUGAAUAAUAUUAUAGCAAUAGUGGCCUCCAUUUUAAUGGGGAUCAGUUUUCCUACAGGAUUGUUUGAGUUACUGAUUGCUGGAAGGUUUUUGAUUGGCAUAAAUUCAGGUAUUGGGCUCUGUGUACAGCCUCUGUAUAUUGGGGAGGUUGCCCCAAAACAUCUUCGAGGUAGCAUGGCCAUGGGGAGUUCCAUCUUUCUGACUGGAGGGAUUCUGACAGGACAAAUAAUUGGUUUAAGGGAAUUAUUAGGUGGAGAAACAUAUUGGCCUGUGUUGCUAUCCAGCAGCUGUUUCCCAGCAUUUGCCCAACUUUUAUUCCUGCCAUGGUUUCCUGAAAGUCCCAGAUACCUUCUUAUUGACAGAGGUGAUGAGCUGAGCUGUGCCAAAGCUUUGAAGCGAUUUCAUGGUUCUUCAGAGUACCAGAGGGAGAUGGAAGACAUACAGCGGGAAUGUUUUGCCUUAGAAGGGGAGAAACCCAGGAAGCCCUGGCAAUUAUUCACUGAUCGUGGUGUGAGAUGGCAACUCAUUACUGUGAUUGUGAUGACUAUGGGCCAGCAGCUCAGUGGAAUAAAUGCUAUAUAUUUCUAUGCCACUUAUAUUUUUGAAGAAGCUGGGAUCUCAGCAGAAAAGAUCCCUUAUGUGACACUUGGCACUGGAGCUUGUGAAUGCUUCACGGCCCUCACCUGUGGUUUACUGAUAGACUACGUGGGAAGAAGAUGCCUCAUCAUUGGGGGCUAUCUCCUUAUGACCCUUUGGAGCAUUGUUUUAACGUUCUCUCUGACUUACCAGGAGCUGUACCCAUGGGUGCCUUACGUGAGCAUGGCAUCUAUAUUUGCCUUCAUCUUGAGCUUUGGCUUGGGACCAGGUGGCAUAACAAAUACCCUGACAGCAGAAUUAUUUAUACAGUCUUCACGUCCAGCUGCUUAUAUGAUAGGAGGGACUAUUAGUUGGAUUAGUUUCUUCACAAUUGGAAUGAUCUUUCCCUUUAUAGUGAAUGGGCUGAAGCAGUAUUGUUUUGUGGUGUUCUUAACGGAGUGCUCCUUAGUUGCUGUGUUCCUCUUCUUCGUAAUUCCUGAGACAAAAAAUAAAUCUUUUCUGGAAAUCAAAAAGGAAUUUCACAAGCUUAAUUUUGGAAGAAAUACCAGAAAAAAGGAAACAGAGCUUUAUGAAAGACAACAAUUCCAUGAUGAAUUUAAAAAAACCUCUGUGUAACUUCACUGCUGUUACAGAAUUUUACUGCAAAUGAACAAGUAGCUUAUUAAAUCCUCCUGUAUAUUUAAAGGAAGUUUCAUUAAAGGCAAGUUAAUCUCUGAAA